AUGUCUUUGGUUUAACUUUAUUUAUUGAGAAAACAAAUCACUCUUAUUUAACAUCCUAACAUUUUUAUGACUCAACAUGAUAUUGAUGAAUCAGAAUUAAAUAAGGAUGGCAAUAUUGUACCAUAUAAUGUUGUUCGAAAACCAGAUAUUAUAGAUGAGAAAUAAAACAAAUCAUAACCAGUUGAGGAAAUUAUUUAACCCUUAUAAUCGUAGAAUUAAACCAAAAAAUUAUCAAGAACUUAAAAAUAAAUAAUCCUAAUAAUAAGUUUAUAACAAGAAGCUGAAUUUAUCUAAAUUGAUUUGGAACCAAGUUAAGUUGAAACUAAAAUCUAAUAAAUUCUAAAUAAAAAAACUUAAGAAGAAUAUUUACAUCUCAAAAAAUUAACUAAGGCAUAGAAUCAUCAAGCUAUUUGA